AUGUCUUUUGAAGAUCAAUAUUCUUAUCCGCAAUCUGCUGAUGGUACAUUGGUCAUAAUGGUUGUUCGUGCUAAACAUUUACCGAAUAGAAGAAAAUUAGACAAACAAUCACCUUACGUCGUUAUUAGAUUAAGUACUACUGCUAAAAAGACACCAAGUGAUUUUAGAGCUGGUCAAACUCCUGAAUGGACUCAUGAAAUUAGAUUUGAUUUAUCAAGAGAUAAAAAACCGAUUUUGAAAAUUGAUAUUUUAGAUGAAACUAAAAAUGAACCAACUCCAAUUGGAAAUUGUGAAAUUGAUGCUUCAAUUAUAUUUUCAAAUGAACAUAAAGAGAAUGGGAAAUAUAUAUAUGAUAAAUGGUAUGAUUUAACUCAAAAUGGAAGAAGAGCAGGUAUGCUAUAUUUAGAAAUGACAUUUUAUCCAUCAGCACCUGUAUUACCGCCUAAAAUGCCAAUAGAAUAUCAUAAUCCAGAAUCAAUAGAGGAAAAAGAUGAAGAAAAAGAUCAUGAUGAUGAAAUGAUAUCACUGCCUACACAUGAUGUAUUUGUUAACCUGGAAAAUUCUGCAAAUUCUAAUAAAUCAUCAAUAUUUUCAAAAAGAUUCAGAGAAAGUGCAAAUAGCGAAACUGAAGUAUUUGUUAAAACUGAACCAGAAGCUAAAGGUGCAAAGAAAUAUGCUCAAAAAUUCACUAAAUUUAAAAAUAAAUUAAAUGAAAGAAAACCAAUUUCUGCAUUAUGGGGAGGAAAUGAUCAUCUACUGCAAAAUGAUUAUUCAUUUAGCAGUAUAAGAAGAGAUAUAUCACCAAUAAGUAAUUAUGAACCAAAUGAUGAAGAAGAUGAAGAUAUAGAAUUUAAUGUUCCUCCAGUACCACCACAUUAUCCAGUUUCAAAUUAUUCAAUUUCAUCAAUUUCAUCAAAACCAUUACCAUCACCUCCAAAACAUAGAAAACCACCAGUAGAUUCAACUUCAAUACCAUUUUCAGCAGAUUCUAUAGGAUUAGAUGAUGAUGAAUUGCCUACAAAAGUGUAUAUGUUAGAUGAACAAGUUAAAUCAUUAAGUUAUGAUGCAAAUAAAGAAAAUCUUGAGCAUGCAAUUACAAAUGAUGAAAUAGAUCCUAAAUAUUAUGCUCCAACUCCAUCUGAACAUUUUAAUCAAACAAUGAGAUUUCAAUCUGGGAACCCAACAAAAAACGAUUUAAAAAUAGAUAAUAGAACGAAUCAGACUGGUUAUUUAGGUAAUGGCAAAUUUUCUCCAAGUAUAUUUCAAAGAAUAAUAGAUGAAGAAGAAAAUAAGCCUCGAGUGCCACCUAAAAUACCUCAAGGAUUAACAGAAAUGGAAUAUUAUAUAUUAGAAAAAGAGAAAUAUCUUCGAGAUUUGCAAGGAAAACGAUCAUAA